AUGGCACCUUCCAAAGAUACUACAAUGUCUGCCUCCAUCAUUCCUCUGGUCCGAAACUUGAAGCGAAAAAAUCGUGCUGACAUUCCCAGAAGCGCAAACGACACUGUCAGUGUUCCAGCGGUGCCAACAAAGUCUGUGAAGGCUACCAAUGGUACCAAUGGCAACCAUGACACUAACGGUUCCAAUGGCACAUCCACUGUGAAGGAAAGCAACACUACUUCUGAGCUCAUCACUAGCCAGACAGUCUUGAAUGUCGAGUUUGAUGAGCUCAAGUCUACCGCGCACAAGACAGAGGUCCUCACUCGCAAAUUCGACUGCGUCAAACAUGUCCGCCCUGCUGAAUUCCCCGAAGCUCUUGGCGCCUUGCCAUUCCCAUCCGAGCUUAGAGGAAUGGUCGCUUGGACUGAUGCCUUUGUCGAGCGACUGGGAUGGAUGUCACUGCAAGUUGAACAGAAAUCUGCAGGCAAAGACUUUGCUCUUCGUCAGACGAACAAACGAAUUGAGGAGUUUGAGCUUAAGAUUCAAUCGCUUAAGACGAUCAACCACGGUUUUGUUGAUGAGAACCAUAAGCUAAGAAGUCAGGUUACUCAGCUCACCAGUCGCAACAAGUUCCUCGAGGGGCAACACACGCGAGAGCAUGCUCAGCUUGAUGGUUUCAAGAAGACUAUUGCCAGUCAAAGAACUGAGAUCAUCGCCUCGAGCCAGGAGAAUGAGAAGUUGCGCGCGAGUGUGAAGAGCCUCGAAGCAGUAGUUGAGAAGCUUAUUGCCCAGCACGUUGGCGACGAGGCUUCUCGCAAGGCCCUGGCUGAUAAUUUCGAAAAAUGGAAGUUUGAUGAUAAACUCCACGAUGAAAAGGUUGCCAAACUUGUUGAUGAUCUCACAAGGGACCUUGGAAUCGAGCGCGAUGCCAAAUCGAAGGUCGAUUCGGAGCUGGCUGCUGCGGUCGCAAAGCUGGCCCACCUUCAAGCUGAAAAGGAAGGCUUGGAAACUCUGCGUGAGCGUCUUGAGGAGCUUGUUAAGAGCAUCCGGGAAAAGCUUGCUUUGGCUGAGGUCGCAUUCGGUGUUUCAGAGGGCCAGAAGGCCGCAUUGGAGGCUCUCGUCCGUGAACUUGAGAAGAAGGAGGAAAGCUUCAAGCUCGAGAUCCAUGGCCUUCAUGGACAACUUCAGGAUGCUAAGAUUGACAUUGAAAAUAUCAAGCAGAAGGUCAUUAAUGCCAACUCACACGCAAAGGACCACUGGAAUACUCUUGAGAAGAUUCGUCGCGAUGGUAGCUGGUUGCGAACUGAGAAGGUAGAUGUGUGCGAUGAAGUUUUUGUCAUGCAGCCUAUUUGCGCACUCCCUGCAUCCAAACAUGUCGAUGCUCCUAUGACUACUAUUGUUGUGCCUGAGACCGACUCUAACUGA